UAAACGAUAAUCAUCGAGCCGUUAACUUUUCAGCCGGAGUAUAAAAUUAGACGGCGGUGCCGCUAACCCCACCUCCGCAGCACCGCGGCCGCACAUGCUGUCCGCCACUACCUGAACUGCCAUAUUUACGAGUGGUUACGUAUUUUUCGCCGAACAGAGCUGCUGCUGUUUAACAAGUUUUGAAGACAACCUAUUUUUCUCUGAGAUGUCUGGCCGAAAAGAAACGGUUUUAGAUUUGGCGAAGUUUGUCGACAAGGGUGUCCAAGUCAAGCUCACCGGUGGAAGACAAGUGUCUGGGAUUCUAAAAGGAUAUGACCAGUUGCUGAAUCUUGUUUUGGACAAAGCAAUCGAGUUUCUCAGAGAUCCAGACGACCCACUGAAAACUACCGACCAGACCCGACACCUUGGCUUAAUCGUUUGUCGGGGGACUGCUGUGAUGCUCGUUUCCCCCACCGAUGGAACCGACGAGAUUGAGAAUCCAUUUGUCCAACCGGACGGUGCAUAGAAGAACUUUCAACGUUGUCGAUUCCUUAUUUUACUGUUUCCUAUUUCUUUGGGUGAUCAUAUUUGCAGAAAUUAGUUUUAUACAGUUUAUAUUAGUUUCUUAAGUAGUUGCCUUGGCCAAUGAAAGAAAAAAUCCUAUUGGCCAACCAACUGUUGGAUUAAUUUCUAUGUGAAGAUAUUUUAUAACUUUAAAUCAGAAAUAAGCUUUGUACAGGUGCUGCAGGGUUUGCCUUUGGUA